AUGACAGGUUUUCUGUUCAAGACUCUGAAGACAUUUAGUGAGUUUGAGAAUCAAGAUGUGACCCCAUCCAUUCCACUCGAACAAACAUCAGCUGAUGUCGUACAUCUAGAAGUCGGGGACUUCGUCCUUGCCAAGAAAUGCACAAACAACGAAUUGGUUGAGAAGAAAAGAGAUUACGAUCUGAAGAUAAAACAACUUAGAAAGGAAGCAACAGCAUACAGAGUAGAAAACGCUGACAACAAGAGCAAGGAACUAUGGAGGAUAGUCAACAGCGAAAGAUGCACCGGAAAUCACAGAACCCCAGCAAUUUCAACACUCAAUACUAAUGGAAAGAUUAUUCGUGACCCCAACAUCAUUGCUCAUGAGUUCAACACAUUCUUUGUUAAUAUAGCUGCCACAACCUUGGCCAAAGCAGGGCAAACGGACACUGAAAGGAGAACUGUCAACCAUAUACACGACGUAGGCGACCUGGUACUCUACCCAACAAACGAAGAGGAAAUCAGGAAUAUCAUCCUGUCCAUGAAGCCAAAGUCAUCAUAUGGAUAUGACGAGGUCUCCAAUAAAUUACUUCGUCACUGCAUGGAAGAACUUAUACCCCCGCUUGUACAUAUUGUAAAUGGGUCAUUCAGAGAAAGCACAUUCCCAAAAAGGCUGAAGAUCAGCAAAGUGUACCCGAAACUAAAGAAAGGAGACACCACUCAACUAAACAAUUAUCGACCCAUCUCUCUCGUGCCUACCUUUUCCAAAGUUCUGGAAAGAGUAGCCUUAGCCAGACUAAUAAAGCAUGUCGAGAGGUAUGGGCUACUAAUUACAGCGCAGCAUGGGUUCACCAAAUGUCGAUCCACUAAUACAGCAAUCAUAGACCUUGUGUAG